GUGCCGGGAGUUGUAGUCCGCGCCCGCCUGCGGCGGCUCUGCGUAUCAUGGCGGGCUGCGCCGCGCUACCGCACUCUUCCGCUGGGCCCCAGAAAGUUUCGCUUCUGCCAAACAGUGGACCCACAAGCGCGUGUCACCAUGGAGUCUGACCUCUGCUGAGCGGACCCAGGCGGGAGGCACACAGCCGAGAGAGGCGGCCCGCAGCCAGUGGCCAUGGCCUCCCCCAUCGCAGAGAGCCAGCUGCAGAGAAUCAUCCGCGAUUUGCAAGAUGCUGUGACAGAGCUAAGCAAAGAAUUUAAGGAAGCAGGGGAGCCCAUCACGGAUGACAGCACCAGCUUACACAAGUUUUCUUAUAAACUCGAGUAUCUCCUUCAAUUCGAUCAGAAGGAGAAGGCCACCCUUCUGGGCAACAGGAAGGACUACUGGGAUUACUUCUGUGCCUGCCUGGCCAAGGUGAAAGGAGCCAAUGACGGGAUCCGAUUCGUCAAGUCGAUUCCGGAGCUCCGGACAUCUCUGGGAAGAGGAAGGGCGUUCAUUCGCUACUCCCUGGUGCACCAGCGGUUGGCAGAUACCUUACAGCAGUGCUUCAUGAACACCAAAGUGACCAGUGACUGGUAUUAUGCACAGAGCCCCUUUCUGAAACCGAAGCUCAGCUCCGACAUCGUGGGCCAGCUCUACGAGCUGACUGAGGUUCAGUUUGACCUGGCAUCCAGGGGCUACGAUUUGGACGCCGCCUGGCCGACGUUUGCCAGGAGGACGCUGGCCACUGGCUCCUCUGCCUACCUGUGGAGACCCCCCAGCCGAAGCUCCAGCAUGAGCAGCUUGGUGAGCAACUACCUGCAGACUCAGGAGACGGCCUCCAGCUUUGACCUGAGCAGCCCCUUACACAACGAGGCGCUGGAGGGCUUCGACGAGAUGCGCCUGGAGCUGGACCAGCUGGAGGUGCGGGAGAAGCAGCUGCAGGAGCAGGUGCGCCAGCUGGACACAGAGAACCAGGAGCUGAGGGCCACCGUCAGCCUGCAGGGGGAGCAGCUGCAGACGGAGAGGGAGAGGGGCCGCGCCGCGGCUGAGGACAAUGCCCGCCUCACUCGCCUGGUGGCCGAGCUCCAGAAGCAGUGGGAGGUCACCCAGGCCACCCAGACCGCCGUGAAGGAGCUUCAGGAGUGCCUGCGGGCCCUGGAGCGGGGGGCGGCGGAGAAGGAGGAGGAUUCCCACUUGGCCCUGCGGCGGCUGGAGUCCAUGCUGCAGCCUCUGGCCCGGGAGCUCGAGGCCGCGUGGGGCUCGCCGGACAGGAAGAACCCGCGGUCAGCAGAGCAGGAGGCAGAUUCGGUGCCUGCUCCGGUGCCAGACACGCCGGGGCGGCGGAAGCCCCUCCCCGGGGACCCGGGGCCGGAGACCCAGGAGCUGGGGGAGAAGCUUCGGGCCCUGGAGAGAGAGCACGCCAAGGCCCAGGAGCUCAGCAGGCAGCAGAGCGCCCAGCUGGGGCAGCUGGCCGAGGAGCUGCGGCUGAAGGAGGAGGCCCGGGCCGGCCUGGAGCACCGGCUGGAGGAGCUGGCUGGGAAGGGGCAGGAGGCCACCCAGCUGCGGCGACAGCUACACGAGGCCCUCGCCCACCUGAGCUCCCUGGAGGAGGAGCUGGCAGAGGUGAGGCAGGAGGAGCGGCAGCGGCGACAGGAGAAGGAGCUGCUGGAGCAGGAGGCCGGGGCGCUGGCACGGCAGCUGCGGGUCCUGGAGGCCCAGCUGGCACAGCUGAGCCAGCACGUGGGUGACCUGGAGGAGCAGAGGCAGCAGCUCGCCCGGGACAGAGACCACCUGAGCCAGAAGGUGGGGGCGCUGGAGCGGCUGGCCGGGCAGCCGGGGCCCCCGGACGCCACCCCGCGGCAGGCCUCCAGGGGGCCGGAGGAGGGGCAGCGCAGCCCACAGGAGGGCCAGACGGGUGGCCCCGAGGCGCCAGGGAGCGGACGGGAGGAGAGGCUCCAGCAGGCCGACGGGGAGCUGAAGAAGGAGCUGCAGAAAGCACUGGAACACAACCAGCUCCUCGAGGGCAAGCUGCAGGCCCUGCAGGCCGACUACCAGGCGCUGCAGCAGCGGGAGGCGGCCAUCCGGAGCUCCCUGGCCUCCCUGGAGUCUGAGCAGGCCAGCAUCCGGCACAUGGGAGACCGGAUGGAGGCGAGCCUCCUGGCCGUGAGGAAGGCCAAGGAGACCAUGAGGGCCCACGCGGCGGAGAAGGAGGCCGCCCUGCGGAGCAAGGAGGCCGAGUGCCAGCAGCUGCGGGAGGCAGUGGGGCAGUGCCGGCAGCGGGCAGAGGCCCAGGAAAGGGAGCUCAAGGCGCUUGAGAGCCAGUGCCAGCAGCAGACCCAGCUGAUCGAGACCCUCCGUGCAGAGAAAGGCCAGCAGGGGCUCGGCUCCCCCGAAGGCACCACCCGCCGGGAGCCGGGGGCCCAGCUGGGCCUGAGUCAGGCAGAGCCAGAGGCCCGGCAGGGGGAGGCGGGGGUGCCAGACCUUCAGGCCGAGCUCCAGGCAGCCCUGGGUGACCGGGAGAAGGCCCAGAGCCAGCUGAGCGUGGCCGAGGCCGCUCUGAGGGAGCACAGGGCCCUCGUGCAGCAGCUGCAGGAGCAGAACGAGGCCCUCAAGAAGGCCCGCGGUCGGGAGCCGCCGCAGGGCUCGGGGCACGAAGGGGCGCUGCGGGAGGACGGGGCCGAGGAGGAGCAGUCCCCGGCAGGACACGGCUCCCGGGAAGCCCCGCUGGGACAGGCCGAGCCGCGGGAGCAGCUGCCCGGGGCCAGCGCAGACACAGCCGAGCCCCAUGGCCACCGCUGCACUCAGCUCGUGGAGAAACAGCAGGCGGAGGAGGCCCUGGCCCGCGCAGUCCAGGAGCUCCGUGACGCCAGAGAGGCGGCCUCAAGGGAGCGGGAGGGCCUGGAGCACCGAGUGGCUGGGCUGCAGCAAGAGAAGGACAGCUUGCAGGAGAGGCUGAAGGUGGCCGAGGAGGCGGCCCGCUCCUUGCCCGGCCUGCAGGCCCAGCUGGCCCAGGCCGAGCAGCGGGCGCAGAGCCUCCAGGAGGCCGCACACGAGGAGCUCAGCGCUCUCAAGUUCCAGCUGAGCACCGAGAUCAUGGACCACCAGAGCAGACUGAAGGCUGCCAGUGAAGACUGCGGGAGCCUCAGGGCCCAGCUUGAGGAGCGAGGCCGGCAGCUGCAGGCCGCCGAGGAGGCUGCGGAGAGGCUGAAGGCCACCCGGGCAGAGCUGGGAGAGAAGCUGAACUGCACUGGCAAGCGUCUCGCAGAGUGCCAGGCCGCCCUGCGGAAGAAGGACGAGGAGGGGGCUGUCCUGCGCGAGAGCUUGGACAGGACCCAGAAGGAACUCGAAAAGGCCACGACAAAAAUCCAGGAGUAUUACAACAGACUCUGCCAGGAGGUGACGAACCGGGAGAAGAAUGACCAGAAGAUGCUCGCGGACCUGGAUGACCUGAAUAGAACCAAGCAGUACCUGGAGGAGAGGCUGAUCGAGCUGCUCAGGGACAAGGAUGCUCUCUGGCAAAAGUCAGACGCCCUGGAGUUCCAGCAGAAGCUCAGCGCUGAGGAGAGGUGGCUCGGGGACGCGGAGGCCAGCCACUGUCACGACUGCAAGCGGGAGUUCAGCUGGAUGGUGCGGAGGCACCACUGCAGGAUCUGUGGCCGCAUCUUCUGCUACUACUGCUGCAACAACUACGUCCUGACCAAGCACGGCGGCAAGAAGGAGCGCUGCUGCAGGGCCUGCUUCCGCAAGUUCAGUGACGGCCCCGGCUCCCCCGACAGCGCCAGCUCGGGCACCAGCCAGGGAGAGCCCAGCCCUGCGCUGUCGCCGGCCCCAGGCCGCGCCGGGCCCCAGGCCGCCGGAGGCCAAGGUGUAGACGCGGACUGCAGGCCGCCGGACGAUGCCGCAUUUGACAUCAUCACCGAUGAGGAGCUGUGCCAGAUUCAGGAGUCGGGCUCCUCGCCUGAGACACCCACCGAAACUGACUCCCUCGACCCUAACAUGCCCGAACAGGACGCCGUGUCAAACUCGCUAACCCCUGAGGACACCGAAGACAUGCCGUUGGGGCAGGAUGCUGAGGUCUGCUUGCUGAAGUCUGGAGAAUUGAUGAUAAAGUUACCGCUGACGGUGGAAGAGAUCGCCAACUUCGGGGAGAGCAACAGGGAGCUGUUCGUGAGGUCCAGUACCUACAGCGUCAUCCCCAUCACUGUGGCUGAGGCGGGCCUCACCAUCAGCUGGGUCUUCUCCUCCGACCCCAAGAGCAUCUCCUUCAGCGUGGUCUUCCGGGAGGCCGAGGACACACCGCUGGACCAGUGUAAGGUCCUCAUCCCCACGACCCGAUGCAGCUCCCACAAGGAGAACAUCCAAGGCCAGCUCAAGGUCCGCACACCAGGCAUCUACAUGCUCAUCUUCGACAACACCUUUUCCAGGUUUGUCUCCAAGAAAGUGUUUUAUCACUUGACGGUUGACAGGCCUGUGAUCUACGAUGGAAGUGAUUUCCCGUAGCCUCAAGCACCUGGGUUCUGGUAGUUUCACUUUAUCCACAGGAAACACUACUCUUGCUCACCUGUCACAUAAAGCACUAAAAAAAAAAAAAAAAAAAAAAAACAGCGGCUCCAAAGCUGGCGGGCCACCCCUCAGAGCUGCUCCGUCUGGAGCACCUCGUACUCAGAACUUCGCACCGUCACUCUCAGCCUCCAUGGCUGUUAAGGGCUCAAGCACCGUUUCCCGUGAUUAGGGACCCGACUAUCCUCACACCCGAAGGGACACUCACUCUGCCAAAGGUUUAAACCCUCAGGAGACCAUCGGCCUCUCCCGGAGCCACAGCUGGCUCCAGGCCGCCCCCGUGGAGAGUUGCACAGGCCAGAGGCCAUGAUCCCAACUUGUGCCCGGGGAGAGAAAGGCCCCACUCUGCCCAGCAGGGGCCAGGCGUCCUGGGCGACCAUGAGCCGGGAUGUCCUGGCCAGACCCUGUUGAGUCCUCAGGCCGUGAGGCCCUUGGGCCUCCCAGGAAAAGGAGGCCACGGGGCCAUCCUGAGAGUCAGGGUGCCUGGGGGGCCCCUCCGGCGACUCCCUCCAGCCUCUUCCCGUCAUGCCUCUGUCCCUUCCUGCCCCAGUAAAUUUGGGGCUGCUUCAAACUCAACAGUUUUGGAGGGGCCUCGAGCUCCACUUUCUUCCUGGCUCUUCUGUCUGCAAAGUCCUGUCCUCGCGCAAAGCCCUUCACUCAGGCAGGCCCCUCAGCCACCCCCCUGAGGACGCGCACUGCGGCGCUGUCUCUGCACGGGCGGCUGAAGCCCCCGAAGCCGGCUAACCCUGACAGCCUGACCAACAGGCAGCAUCGCGCCUUGGCCCUUAGGACGCACUGUUCAGCUGAUGGGCUCUUUGUAUAAAUAAGAGCUUCUGCCUCACCUUCAGACGUGUUUCGUAACGAUCAUAAUCAGGGUAAGAACCACUUUCAAAUCUCGGGGCCUUCUUAACAAAAGUCUUUGGUAACCCAAGCGUAACAGGCAUCACUCACGAAUCUGCUCUGACUUCACUCCUCGGCCCCCACUUGCCACCCGCCUGCUCCCCAGCACCCCGUUUGCCCACUUCCCGUGGCUCAGCCUACACUUGACCCCCAGGAGCCAUCUCCCCUUGGGGCCGAGGAAUCCUGUGUCCUUUUCCUGGAAGGACAUAGCCUUCCCGCUGUCUGCGGCCCUCCUCUUCUCCCGCCGUACAGAGCUCACCUUCGAUGGCCUCUUUGUGCCUGGUUCACAGAGGCCAGAGCCCGAAGUCGGGGCUCAGACACUUCCACAGGUGAGCGGGGCAUCUGGAGCGGCCCCCUUCGGACAGGUCAGGGACCCCAGGCCACGUCCAGCACAGACCCCUCAGCUACCAGCCAGCAGAGAGGACUCAUGGGGCAGGGGUGGGGCAAGUAACCUCCAUGAUAGACUUGAGACUGUCACUUAACUGGGGACAUGGCUGCUUGCAGUCAGGUUGGGCAGGGCAAGGGGGUUGGUGAACAGAACCUUCCGGAGACAUCAACCCAGAGAAAAGCCGAGCCUCUCGUGCCCUUUCCUUGGAGCGGCCGCCCACGGCAGAAAGCCACCGGGGUCUCUAGCAUCUCCCAGUGGCCCAGGCCUUGACCGUGCUCAGCGCCAAGGCAAGAUGCGGCCGGGCUCCCAGAGACUCUCCCGAGCCCCACGCUUGCCCUCCCCGGUGUGCCACACGGUCUGAGGAUGGUUCCAGAGUAAACCAUGCCGCCUUUGAGCCCACCCUCUCCCCUGGAAAGGGUAAUCAGAAUUAGUGGCUGCCCGUAAUAACAAAACCCACAAAAGAGAAGCCAGAGCGGUCUGGAGUCUUGUGCUGAGUGCUUUCCCAGGAUGCCAUGCUGACUGGCCAGCUGAUGGUGCCCCCACCAUCCUGUGCAGCUAAUAGCUCCUGUGUUUCCUGAGAAAGGCCUGGAACAUUCCACCCAAGCCCCCUCGUGAACCUCUGUCAGUCAGCCCGGCAGGGGCCCAACAACACGCUUAGCGCGCCCGGCUCUUGCGAAGCCAGCCCAGAGCCGCUGCUCCAGGAGCACAGGGGCCCCUGGUGGCGUGCAGUGCCCCCGCUCCGGAACGCUGACCCUGACCGCAGUUGUUCAGAGGGUCGCCGAUCCCCCGGCGGUCACGUCCUGGCUCCAUAUCCUAUUUAUUGUUUGUGCUGGACAGACUCUUCUCCCUCGUUACUUUGCAGCGUGAGCUCGAGUUUGCUGUGUGUUACGCAACUAGAGAGAACACGUUGGCCUGUUUCAGUGUGGCUUGUACGAAUAGCUUUAUUCUCAUUUUAAACAGGUUCUUGACUUUUCUGAGGUUUGGGGGUGGGGGGAGUUUUCCAAAACCGCAGAUGACAAUGCAGAACAACCAUUGAAGGUGGUAGCCCCAGCCAGUAGACUGAAUGACACUAGAAAUCAUCAGGAGGAGACCUCCUUGGGACCCCAGAUCACUAUGCAAAA